AUGAGCUUGGUUGCCCAAGGUGAUUUUGACGAAGUUAUUCCAUCACUUAACGAUGCCUUGAUGCGACAUGAUUUUGAGCAUUUGCGGGAAAAAUUUUUUGCCGCUCUCUCUGCGGGAACUUACUCAUCUUGGGAUAUGCUAUCUUGGAUACUUGGUCGAAUUGAUGAUACAAGUAUUACUCCUUCUUUAGAGCUGGAAAUUUUUUUUAAUGAGGCUGUUGAGUUGCUAUCCGAGUCCCUAACUACGAAAGAAUUUGUGCUGGUUCUUCUUGGAGAAAUAGAAUCCAGUCAGGGUCUUCGUGUGGUGACCUUUUCUCUUCCUUUCCUUGAAAAAUACGAAUCGUUGCCGAUUUUCCACAACUUCCUUCGUGUUCUGCAUCUUUGCUCUGAUGGACUCUACUCUCAAUGUUAUGAAAUCUUCCGGCACGUUCUUGUAAAUUCUGACAUUGGUUCACCUCCCUCUAAGUUCACUGAUGCCAACAGAGCUUGGUUACAUGUCCUGGGUUUGUGCCUUACAUCGGAUUCUGAACGCCCUUAUUGGCCUACCGUCCUAACCAAAAAACACCAAUUAACUUUUUUUGUGUCUGUUUCAUCUCCCUACGUCCAGAAAAUUGCAGACACUCUAGCUAAAGGUUCUCCUUUAUCUAUCCUUCAAGUUAAAAGCCUAAUUCGGACUCAGGAACAUAUUCUUUGCUUGGCUUCCAAGGUCCAUGCGUGUCUCACCACUGAUUGGUGGAGUCCUUUUCCUACGUCACUGAUAAAAAACCUUGAGUCCAUCUCGAAGCAUCCCAUAUCCUCGGUAAAGCUUCCAGUAGAAGUAAAGAAUUGCAUUUCAGUCAUUGAAUCUCUUCUAUCGGCUUCGUCGAUCACUGCUCGUUGUCAGGUAUUUUCCGGUCUUGUUAGCCGAUCACUUGAACCAUUCCACUGUGGAAUUCGGGCUCAUGUGAUUACACUCUUUAAGGAUUUUCUUCACAAGACAUGGCUGAAGGUGCAGGAUAUUGGACUAGGUGCACUAAUUCUUGAGGAACAGCACCUUGGUGAAGUCAAUGUAACCCUGCCCUUUGAUUCCUCCUACCUUCGCGCAAUGUGCGACAGCAUAUUUCAGUAUCCACUGCCAAACUGUGACAAUUCUGUCUAUGACCAAUUCAGUUGGCUAAUGGCAGCCCUUAAUUUGGCUAUCUACGUGAGCAUUCGCACAAAAUCCGUGUCAGCUGUGCCUUGUACCGAUGAGGUUAAACAGAUCGCUAGAAACGUAAGCCUUGCGUUCAGUCGUCCAGAUGCUAAAGGAAAAAGCACGAUGAGAACACACUUUCUUGACCCACUUGUCUCUGAUGUUGUGUCCGUGUCCAAUAGGUAUAAGAUGGCGGAGCGCGAAUACGCCGAAAAGCCUGAUCCCUCAACAAUUGCUCCCGGCGCACCAAGCCUUCAAGAGUGCCAGAUCAAUUUACUCCGAUUUCGAUUGCUUAUGGACACUAUCUCCCGUGUUGGGGAAUUCCCUGUUAACUAA